CCCGCGUGCCCUGCUCUUCCUCUCCCCCGACCCUCUGCACCCGACGAGCUCCCCCGUUACCGCCACCCAUUUUCCGGCAGGAAAUCCGGCAAAGCUUGGGGAUUUCUCCCUAUUUUCUUGUCUUAGAACACCUGUUGAACCCAGAAAAUCUCAGAUCUGCGUCUUCCUCCCUCUGCUGUCCGUCGGCUGCUAUGUGGGUGUGAGGUUUUUGGGCUUUUUCUGCCACGAGUUCCCCUGCAGAAUUUCUUCUUCUCUGUCGUCGGCUUCUACCCCCUACUAGGCUCGGUUUUGCUUGCUAAAUUCUGGUAAGUAGCCGUCUUUUCCAAGCUUAAAAUGACCCAUUUAAUGGCUGGGUUUUGUCCAUUAGUUGAUGCUCUGUGUUGUCCGAAUCUGCUGGGAUACCAUCGUGUAAAUGGAAUAUGGAUUUUAGAUAUAAAUGAUGAUCUUGUAAGCGAGAUUUUAAUUGGAGAUCGUAUAAAUUCAUUUAAUGGAUUGUCAGAUGUGAAUUUGAAUAAGUUUCGAGCGUUGUGCAUUUGUGGGACCCGUCUCACGAGUGCACGGCGUCUGUCGCGUCUCGGAUUUGGGUUCUGGGGCAAAAGAAAGGAGAAACUAAGAGGAGAUAGUUUGAGGAGGAAGGAGAAGAGGUUAUGGGAGAAAUGCAAUAUCUUCACACAUUUUGGUUAGUAUUUAUGAUUGAAUUGCAAUGGGAAAAUGUCGGACCCACAUGAUAUUCCAUCAAAUUAGAUUCCCUACAUUUUUUUGGUCAAGCACACUAACCGAAAAUUAUUGGAAAAGCUGACCUGCAAAAAAUAGAAAUUUUUAGUCCAUUAUUUAGAUCAUUUUUCCUGAUUGAAAUAUAGCCAUAUCUCUGAAUUAGCAUCAACUCUGGUCAAAUUAGUUACUCCAUCAUAUUUGAAUCAAACUUCUUAUCCCUGAAUUAGCAUCAACUCUGGUCAAAUUAGUCACUCCAUCAUAUUUUAGUCAAACUUCUUGACUGAAAUGGUGAUGAAAAGCUUACCAACAAUUGAAGAACACUGUGCACUACCCUAUUUUGGUCAAAUUGAAAGACCGAAAUAGAAUGAAGAACAAAAUCGUGACUUGCCUCAUGUUAUAUUGGCUCAAUUGUUUAGUUCAGACAUAAAAUUGACCGAAUUGUAAAUAUUUUAUGUUUUUCAUUAAUAUUUAAUAUUAAAUAUACUACAGAUUUUUUU